UGUAUUUGAUGUGUGUGUAUUCAUUUCCAACUUCAAAAAAAGAAAGCGACAGUCCGCCUCUUUAAUCAGACAGGGGGAGGCGGUCCAAGGCGCUGAGUGUAAUCCGAUAGCAGCAAUGCCUUUAUGUAUUACAGCCACAUGCUGCUGCAGAGCGAGACUCAGAACUCAGAAACAGAGAAAGAGCAGGAGGCAGCAAAAAGCGAUCGAGAGAAACUAGACGUCUCUUUAAAAACGAACCAAGGCAAUACCGUUCCCAAACUCGAUCACCUCGACAACAACAAAAAACAAAACAUUGUAUCUCCCAUUACGACUAAUGCAGUAUAGUAUAUCUGGUGACGUUAAACCGUUCUGAAGAUUUUAAUAACUGUUGGAAUGAAUCGACUGGGUAACCGAAUGCCUCUGUGAACCGGUGUUUGUCAAAAAACAUAAACGCAUGUGUAUUUAUUUUUUUUCAGAUAGAGGGACUUUUUUUUAGCUCUUAAAGACGUCGUUUUUUUGUUUGUUUUUACUGUGAAUCUUAAAAGAACUGUCAGAAGAAGGGAACACAUAAUUUCUCAAGAGAUAGCCACAGACGUAGUUUUGCUGGAUACCGCAGUGGUGGAAAGAAGCCUCUCAAUGUAAACCGAGUGAAAAGAUUUACAGUGAAUUGAAAAGGGCGCAGGAGUUUACCCCAACAUGGAUAUAAUAAUACCUUUAAUUGGAGUUUUACUUAUGUGCUUUUUAACACCAGCAGUCUCUGGACAAGAAGAGACUUCAUGUGGAGGUCGUUUGAACGCAAAGGAUGCUGGGUACAUCACAUCUCCGGGAUACCCGCACGAAUACCCGCCUCACCAGCGCUGCGAGUGGGUCAUUACUGCUCCUGAACCAACACAGAAGAUUGUCCUCAACUUUAACCCUCACUUUGAACUUGAAAAACUCGACUGCAGGUACGACUACAUUGAAAUACGAGAUGGUGAAAAUGAAUCCGCAGACUUGCUGGGGAAACACUGCAACAACAUAGCGCCCCCUGCCAUCAUCUCCUCUGGACCAGUGCUCUACAUUAAAUUUGCCUCUGACUAUGCCCACCAGGGGGCAGGCUUCUCCUUGCGCUACGAGAUCUAUAAAACAGGUUCGGACUACUGCUCAAGAAACUUCACCAGUCUCAGUGGCAUGAUUGAAUCUCCUGAAUAUCCUGACAAAUACCCCCACAACCUGGACUGCAUCUUUAUUAUCACAGUCCCACCCAGGAUGGAAGUCACCUUAACAUUCUUGACCUUCGACCUUGAAAAUGACCCCUUACUUUCUGGAGAAGGAGACUGUAAAUAUGACUGGUUGGAGGUCUGGGAUGGACUGCCCCAGGUUGGACCCCUGAUUGGACGGUAUUGUGGGACCAAGGUGCCCCCAGAGAUCCAGUCGUCUACCGGCAUCGUGUCGCUCUCCUUCCACACCGACAUGGCAGUUGCAAAGGAUGGCUUCUCCGCGCAGUACAUCAUGACACCCAAGGAGACCACUGAAACUUUCCACUGUAGCAGUGCUUUCGGCAUGGAGUCUGGAAAAAUCACUGAUGAGCAGAUCAGUGCCUCCAGUUCUUUUUACGAUGGCCGCUGGUCACCACGACAAGGCAGACUCAACAACCAUGACAACGGCUGGACCCCUGGUGAGGACAGCAACAAGGAAUACAUUCAGGUGGACCUGCUCUUCCUGAAGGUGCUAACAGGAAUCGCAACCCAGGGAGCCAUCUCCAAGGAGACCAACAAGAGCUACCACAUCACCACUUUCAAGCUGGAAGUCAGCACCAAUGGAGAGGACUGGAUGAUGUAUCGCCACGGCAAGAAUCACAAGUUGUUCCAUGGAAAUACUGACCCUGCAGAGGUGGUUCUCAACAGGAUCCCACAACCAGUUUUGACUCGUUACGUCAGAAUCAGACCCCAGGCCUGGCAAAAUGGGAUUGCCCUUCGAUUUGAACUAUAUGGCUGCCAAAACUCAGACGCUCCUUGCACUGAAAUGCAAGGCAUGCUUUCCGGCCUCAUUCCUGACUCUCAGAUCACCGCCUCCUCGGCUCGGGACAUCCACUGGUCCCCGGGAGCCGCCCGUCUUGUGGCUAGCCGCUCUGGGUGGUUCCCUAGACUUCCACAGCCCAUUGCAGGGGAGGAGUGGCUGCAGGCAGAUCUUGGGGUCCCCAAGACUGUGACGGGGGUCAUCAUCCAGGGGGCUCGCGGAGGAUCUGUCAGCGAGGGCAGCACCACAGUGGAGAACCGCGCCUUCGUCAGGAAGUUCCGUGUGGCUCACAGCAUGAACGGCAAGGACUGGGACUUUAUCAUGGACCAGAGGACCAUGCAGCCUAAGAUGUUUGAAGGGAACACACAUUACGACACGCCGGAGAUCCGUCGAUUCAGCCCAGUGUCCGCUCAGUAUGUCCGUGUGUAUCCAGAGAGGUGGUCCCCUGCUGGAAUUGGAAUGAGGCUGGAAGUGCUGGGCUGUGAUCUGUUGGAAACCACCUCCUCUGCUGAAAACCUGACCCCCACUAUGCGAAACGACGACAUCACGACAGAGCCUCCGUGUCACAGUGAUCCCUCAGGCUGCGUCACACAACCCCCGGAAUACACUGACUCCACUUACAGCUUCAACUGCCAGUUUGGCAACGUUGAGACAAACAACCUCUGCGGCUGGUCUCACGACCCUUCAUCUGACUUCAAUUGGGCCUUUCACCCACGCGGGACUGGCGGGACUCUGGGUGCUGGGCCCAGCCAGGACCACCUCUUGGGUUCAAAUGAAAAUGGCAACUAUUUGUAUGUGGAAGCUAGCCAGAAGACAGAAGGGCUUCGUGCUAAGUUGCUCAGCCCCCCAGUUUCUGCUUUGGGGGGGCAGCUCUGCAUGGUCUUCUGGUACCACAUGCAGGGGGCCAACGUUGGGACCCUUCGCGUGCUGAUGAGUGAAACUGACCAACAAGAGACCACUCUGUGGUCUGUGAGGGGCGACCAGGGCAGUGAGUGGAGGGAAGGAAGAACCGUACUGCCAGAGUCCCCCAAGGAAUACCAGAUUGUGAUGGAGGCGGAUAUAGGCCAUGGAUUCAAAGGAGAUAUAGCGAUUGAUAACAUUCACAUAUCAACCAGCAUCCCAGUUAAAGAAUGUACUCAACCCAUCACAGCCUUUUACCCUGAAACCAUAGGGGUCACCCUUCCUGGAGGGAGCGAACCCACAGUAGACUCGGUGUCAGUGCAACCCAUCCCAACCUACUGGUAUUACGUAAUGGCCGGGGGAGGUGCCCUCUUGGUGAUGGUGCCCCUCGUGUUGGUGAUGGUUCUCUACUGCCACCGGUAUCGCUAUGCGGCCAAGAAGAGCCAGCACUCCAUCGCCUACAAAAACGGCCCGUAUCCCAGCAGCGCCGUAACCGGCGUGGAGCCCACAAUGACUAUUAAACUAGAAAAGGAGGACCACAGCCUCCAGUGCUGAGAAGGGACUCUUUAAGACACGCGCUAGAAAAAACAAAAACAAACAAAAACAACAAAAAAAUGACUGUCAUGUUGCCUAAUAUGCCGUAAUUGCACUUUUUAUACCAUUUGUUGAUGGAAAAAAAAAUGACUGCCUUUUUUCUAUUGGAUGCUGCAUCUGGGAAACAAAAAUAAAUAGGAAUGACAAGUAGACUACAAUCCAAUUAUAGCUCGCAGCGAGGAGGGUGUCUGUCUGAGAGAAUGCUUCAGGCAUGGUUGCAGUGAGCUUAGUUUGGCACAAACCCUGCUUCUUUCUACAAUUCUUUUAGGAUCCUAAAUAUCACGAUAUAUCAUUAAAAUAUGAGCUUGCUUUGAUUUUAUGCAAAUACUGAAUGCUCAAAAAAUAGUAAGGGCAGGGAAAUUAAAUUCCACUUCUGGUCCAAGUCUCUUGUUUUGUGUCACAUGAAAGAAUUCAGUUUCUAAAAUGGUACCCAUGUGAUCCUUUCACCUCCACAACCUCGUGGUGGGUAUACACUGCUCUUCAGACAGAAAGAGAGGCAAUCCAAGCUUAGCACAGAGCUUUAUUUCAGUAAGAAAAAACUGAGUUGGAAUCCAACAGUAGCAUUCAUUAUCCACUGGUCAUGCUAGGUGUCCUCGACCAGUCGUUCUGGAAUAGUGGAGGUUUUUGUGAUUUGGAAUUAGCUUUGUAUCAGCAUGCUCUACUUUUAAAAACUGAUUAACUUCUUGUGAAAACCUUCUCAGAGCACUAAACUAUAUUCCAGAAGAAUGCAAUUUCCUGUUCAUUUGAAGAGAUCUUCACUGAACAGUAAAAUACAGUAAUUGCUGGCAGCCAAUAUUAAAUAAACAUAUUCAUGCUAAGACGGAGGGAUAACUGGUUCCUGCUGACCAGCAGAAAGUUCAAAUAAAAGAACAAAUCCUAUUGCAUCUGCUCACUUGUGACAUGAAACAUUGCGUUUAUCACAUGCAAAGGGCUUCUAGUAGCCUUAUGUAGCCUUGUUUGUUAGAAACCUGUGAUGCUGUUAACUUUACGUGAAAAAACUGGCCUUAAAACUUUGGGGUGCUGUCUAAGUCUGGCUUUUUCUUUUUUUUUUUUUUUUUUUUUUUUUUGGUUUAAUGAAAAAGUGAAGUGGAGUGAUGAUGAGUGUGUCUACUAGAUUAGAUAAGAGAGAGUUUGCUUGCAAGUGGCAGUUCCCAAGGCACUUUAGCUGUGUUGGAUGUGGCAAUGAAUAAGUUAGGCUGCCUUAGCAACAAGAUUGCAAUGCUUUUUUGGCUUUCUAAAUUUAUCAUGAACAGUUACUCCUUUUUAACACUGGGAAUUCAUUAUGGCAAGAAUCCACACAAGUGCUACUGGAGUCCCACAUAGCUGUAGCAGUAGGUUACAUGCUGUGGGACUUUCAUCUGCCUCAUCUAAAGCAAAAAAAAAAAAGAUCAGUAGUGAAUGAUAAGCAAACAAUAUAUAGGACUUUAUACCUCGCAAUGCCUGUAAUUUCAGAGCACAACCAGGUCUGGCAUAAAAUCAACAUGUUUCUGAUUCUUUUCUUGUUCAAGGGUGUUAUUCUAAAGUUACUGGUACCUGCAGUGCCUAACACUGAUAUCUUGUGGAGCAGAAUGAGGUUGGUGCUGGAUCGUGUUUACAUGUUUAUGGGCCGCCCAGCGCCUAAGGAGUUAAAUCCCGGUGGUGUUCGAGAGAUAGAAAGAAGCUUACAAGUCUAGAACAGAAUUGUUUCCAAUAGAAAAGCAAUUAUACUACGAAUCCAAGCCUUUCAAAGCUGAGCCAUGCCUAAUUAGAAUUCCAAUCUCGAUCAUUUUAUCGCUUAGACAUUGGAGGACUGGUUCAAAGUGCUUAUUGCAUUACAAAAGACGCUUCCACGGCUUCCAUAUGUUGCCUGAAUUCAAUCCACAUUCUUUAUUAAGAGCUAUAAAACGAUAAUAUUACCAAUAUGUGGUUUAAAUAUAUAUUUUUUUUAAAUCCAGUUACAUUUUACAUCUGCUGAUGUAUACAGAUAAUACUUUUAUUCAGUUUUUGGCUAAAUAUGUAUAUUAUAAAUUUCAGGUGUGUGGAACCAGUUCACAGACUUUGUUACUUUGUUUUAAAACCUGAUGCAGUCUGAAGCAGAAGGGCUGCCUGCCUAUCCAGCUUGUUAGAACAUCACCCCAGAUAGAUCACACUGAACUCUGGGAGUUCCCUGGGAUGUCUUAAUAGUCUUUCAUUAUCAAGAACUCAUAAUCAAUCCUGCUACUGCUUUCACAUUUUCGUGUUUAUUGUUGUUACAGUCUAGAAAAUAAUCAUCAACAAAUAUCUAUUCUGUUUAAUGAAACCAUUUUUUGUUAAGGAUCUCAGGUUGACAUACCUAUCUAUGAGAGGUUCUGUCUUUUUAUAUGUUCAUGUACACAUCAGGUUAUGUAGGAAUGCGAGGUACCAGGACAUUGUAAAAUAUGCAUGUUUGUAUUGCCUGAUUUGGAGUUAUUAGCUCUUUCCCCUUUACAGAAGAGAUGUGUGCAAAAAAAAACAGCCAACAGAUCAAACCACACUUCGAUUGUCCUAUAAAAUAUUGUGGCUUUUUGGUUGCUGUACAAGACAGUUAUCGGAAGAAAAGCUGGUUUAUUUCCAAUUGUUUUUUAGGGCAAGGAGUUUUAAAAAAAGGAACAGGUGAUUAAAAAAGUCUUCCUGUAGAAUUGCAAGUGUUUUCUUUGACAUUUUUUAACCUGUAGCACUUGUGGAAAGAUCUGAAUUUAAAAAACAUGUAAAGACAGAAAUACCUUGGAGAAACAUUGGAAUGUACCCAUAAUGUAUAUUUAAAUCAAUUUCAGGUUCUGUCACUCUCCAUGAAUUAUUUUAAUUUUAAUAAGUUUUAAUUAGUUAAUGGAUAAGAUAACAGUUAUUAAGCCUGCAGUAAGUUUUCCCCCCAUUCAUGAACAAAAUACUAAUGAGAAAAAGCACUUACUGUUAGAAUUGUCCAGCAGUCUUGAAGUUAAAAAAUGAAAGAAUAAACUAUGCCAAGCAGUGAAGCAGCGGCUUUUGACUCGUAGUGCAAUCAUUACAGUUAUUUAUUGGGAAGCCUGCAGUGGUUUUAUGUACAACAGCCAACUGACAAGUUCAAAAAAGGUAUGGGGAUGGAGACAUAGAAUGAAACAAUUUAAGUCACAAGUAUUUCACCAGAUGAGAAUUUAAGACUGAAAUGUUCACUGUUUUUGUACAUCAGAAUCUAGAGAAAGCUCAAUCAUUUGUUGUGUGCAAGACAGUUUCUUCAUAAAAAUGUAAUUAGUAUUCUUGGGAUCUUAUUAUCUCCUUUGCUGAUUUAAUUCCAGGAAGCUCUUUCCUGGUCAGUAAUUGCAUUAUUGGCUUUUCCAUAACUGUAUUUGAUGUUUUAUUUAUUUAAUACAAUCGUAUUCUUAAUCAAGCAGAUUUCUUCUGUAUCCUUCGUGUUUUAUGUUUGUGAAUGUAAUGCUUAGACUGUGAUUGUUACAUAUUCUGAGCCAUGCCCAUCAUGCACUUCAGCUCAUAGCCUGUUUGUAAGAAAUCAAGGAAUAUUUAGCUUGUGGGAUUUUAUGGAGAUGUAUUGUGCGGAAUGUAAUAAAGAUGAUAUUUUUCUAAAAAAAAAGGAAAAAAGAAACUUGCUCUCUUAUCUUUAAAAAUAAAAAAAGCAUAUGCUAAAUUUCAGUUUGCAUAAAAUGUUAUGUCUAUGAGAGAUUAAAAAAAAUAAAUAAAAAAUGUUUUACGAUGUCAUACAGAUGUUAUUUUCACUGCCUUAAAAUUACAUCAGCAUGGCAGCAGGAUUUUUAGUUUCCUAAUAAUGUAUUGAGGAUUUAUAUAUUUGAACACUUGGUUUGUCCAAUUUUUUGUUUGACCUCAAGAGCACUCUGGGAGAAAGACCCAACACUCACCGAGCUAUACGCCCUUCAUGAAGCUUCACUGCUGAAUCAUUAAUGGCUAAACUAUGUACUGCCGUAUAAAUACACACUGUGGAUCCACUUGACAGUGUUGUCAUUACCAGUACCUCAAUUAAAAUAAAACCAUAACCAUGUCAGUGUUUUAGUUUAUUAAUGUUUUCAAACUGCAGUGUUAUGGUUAAAAAACGAUGCGUUUUGAGUUGCCAUAUGUUUAUUUUAUAUAUUUGCUUUUUCUUUGUCUCAGCAUACUUUCAGCGCUACAUUAUAUGCAAAUAAAUGCCCAACCUUGCUGUAUAAUAAAAAAACUGAAG